AUCUUUCUCAAAAAAAUUUUUGCGAGUGGAAUGUUUACUAAUUUAUUUAGUCCCGGAAUAUUCAUAGCUUAAGGGAAAAUUUCUUUUAAAUUCCUUCGCAUAAAUGCUUUUCAGAAGAUUUAAAGGCCGAUCAUUUGUCAGUAGAUGGCGUCGAACAGCCAAAAAUUGGCGGAACUCAUCAAUAAACUCGUUUUCUCUAAGAUCAUUUGGAUACAGAAGUACAAGAUUAUUAACUUGAGAUUUUUGACUGUUUUUAAGACCGAAUUAAUGUCGAGACCAGAUAUCCAAAUUGAGGCGUAGACCAGAUGAAGGAAAAUAAUCUACAUUGCUGUUUCAGAGCUUGAAACCUCACUGUAAUCUGAUGGACAAAGGUAACAAAACGUAGAUGGUCAACACGUGACAAGCGACGAAACGCUACUUUUAAAUUAUAUUUUUUCAAAUUAUAACAAAGAAGUUCGUCCGGCGAUGCAAAAAUCAGAUCCUGUUAAUUUGACUCUUGAUCUAGCUUACGUGCAAGUCGUCAAAUUAGACGAUCGGGCACAAACAUUGAUCAGUAAUGUAUGGGUGGGUCAGAAAUGGUAUAAUCAGCAUUUAAAAUGGAAUCCUAAUGAAUUUAAUAAUAUCAGUGUAGUUAAUGUUAGUCCUGAAAAAAUUUGGGUACCAGAUGUUGUUUUAUAUAACAGUGCAAGCAGUGGCAUUGGUAGCUCUAUGUACAGUUUUAAAACCAAAAUCAUUAUGAGAUACGACGGAUUACAUUCUUGGUAUUCACCAGCUAUUAUCAGAAGCAGCUGUAAUAUUGACACAACAUACUUUCCAUUUGACGACCAGUUAUGUAUUCUUCGAUUUGGAAGUUGGACAUUUGAUGGUUAUCACAUUGAUAUGUUUCCAACAAAUACAUCUGCUGAUUUAAGGUAUUACUUAAACAGUACUGAGUUCAAGCUACUUGGCGCAGAUGUUGUUAGAGAAGUUGUAAAAUACAGUUGCUGCCCAACGCCUUAUCCAAACAUCGUAUUUACAGUCAAUUUACGACGUCAUCCUGGAUAUUUUAUGAUUAACGUAAUAAUUCCAAGUACAGUGAUGACACUAUCAGGUGUUCUUACAUUUGGCUUGCCUCACUUAACGGGACAAAGAAUAAGUCUUGUGAUAGAAUCAUUUUUAUCACUUACAUUUUUAUGCAUGAUGGUGUCGGACAGUACUCCAAUUAAUUCAGAUGUGUCACCGCUUAUUACAAAGUCACUGAUGUUGUAUAUGGGGUUGAUUUCAUUAGCACUUGUCUUUAAUAUUAUUUCGAUUGGCUUAAAACGCCAACAACCAGUUCCAAAAUGGCUGCGAAUAUUAGCUUUCAAUUGUAUAGGUCCCUUAGUUGGAGUUAACCAUAUAAUUCCAAAGUCGCCAAGACAUUACGAUGAAGAAAACCAAGAACCGUAUAGUAAAAAAAAUCUCCUCGUUAAGUUUCACGAAAAAUAUAAAAACAUUCGAAAGAGUUCAAAAAAGUACGAAACAAAUAAACUGAGUUCAGAUAUUAAUAUAUUAGUUUCAAGAUCGUUGCAAAAAACUGAAUCAAGAAGUAACGAAGAGUUUUGGAAAUGCAUUGGGAUAAUCGUGGAUCGGUUAUGUUUAAUUGUACUGGGCUCUUGUUUUCUCAUAGUUUCCAUAAUUUUAUUUAUAAAAGGUUACCGUCAUCAAAUAAAACUCGCAGAAUCUUUGAAAUAAAAAUAACCAGGUAAACAAUUCACUUAACCAGGAGAAACCUUUCAAAAUUAUUUCUUUCAAAAAGAAAAGAAACUUGAUAAAGACACGAGAAUAAAAAGACAUUUUAAUUCUCAAUUGUACAGUAUUUCAAAAUUAUUUCUAGUUAAAAUUUACACGACAUAUUUUGACAAAAUAACGUUUAAUUUUUUUUGUUAA